AUGCGUCAGAGGGCUUUUCCAUGCUGUCUGAUCGUGCUCGUGAUCAUUGCGAGCUGCUCGCGGCUGUCGGGGACGGAGAGCGUGGCUGGUCCGUCGAGUGGGGCCCCACACGAGCACCAGCGCUCGCCGCUGUGUCGCUGCGAGCCAUGGCGGCCUCCUGCGGGCGCUCUCGACGCUUGCGUGCACCGCAGGCGCAUAUCACAGACAUAUUCUACGGAUAUUGCCAAGAACGUGGCUGGCACGUCGUCGAGGUAUGACGAGGCGGUCGACGCAUUGCGCCGCGGUGACGUCGAGGGGUCCGACUCCGUCCUGUCGUCAAUACUCGCCGCGACGUCCCCAGAAUCGGCCAGCACGCGCCUCCAGUACAGAAGAUCGCCCAGCGCGGGAAAAAGCGAGGAUCACGGCGACGCGUGCGCGCUGCGUGCGGCCUGUCAGCUGCGCAUCAGCGCCGGGCUUCUGCGUGCCAAGGUGGCCGCGGCGCGCUGCGACCUGGCUGCGUCCGACGCUCUGAUUCGUCAGACCUCCUACGACCUGCACCGCCCCCUUUCGGACCUCCUGGACACAGCGAGACGACGAGACAGAGACAGCCUGGACGAUUGCUCCAGGACAUGCUUGGUAGGACCCGCGGCGGCGCAGUCCUGCGCCGUGCUGGUCGGUGCGAGCGCGGCGUCGUCCGUGGCGAAGCACGUCGCGUACGUGCAGGAGGUCGGCGCCGUCUUCACGCACUACGCGCGUGCUGCGGAGGAGAACCGUAACAGCGCGCGGGCGCACGCGCUCCUGGACGCCGUCCUGGCGCACUGCUUCCUGUCCGAACCGAUGCUCCUGACCAGGGCGAGAGCGGCGCUGGACAUCGGCGCGCUGUCAGUCGUGCGCGCGAACGUGGCGCGCGCGCUUACGCUGUCCACUGCGAGCCCGGACGCCCUCAACAUCAUGGCCGAAGCCCUGUUGCGGCUCGGCCAGUCCGACGCGGCGCUGUCGGGAGCGAUGGCGUUGCUGCGCGGCUGCCUGCACGCCAACCCCGGCCACGCGGGCUGCACGCGGUGGUACCGUGCCGCGCUGCCCAUCGAGACCGCGUGGGAGGCGUAUCAGUCAGCGGCCAAGGACGCCGAAGCCUCCGAGUACAUGGGUAUUCCCUGGACGGACAACCUCGUUGCCGCCGCCGACGCGGUGACGCAGCUGCGGCAGCUCGACACGGCCCGCUGGAUGGCGCCGCACUGGGGCCCCGUCCUCUGCCGCGUCCUCGCGAUGCGUGCGCUGCUGGCGGCCACCGAGCACGCAUCCCACGCCGCUGGGCACGACCGCCCCCAUGCGGAGAUUGGGGUCCCCGUGGAGCCGCAGGAGGCCGCCGAGUGGGCGCGCGAGGCCACGAACCCGUGCGUCGCGGCAGUCUGGGCGGCGCUCGGCGGACGCGACGGGCUCGCAAAGGGCGGCGGCGAGUCAGCGGGGGGGGAGUGUGGGUCUGACGGUGAGGGGUGUGAGGGCGCGGACGUGGGGUCCGGCGCGGGCGCGGCUGCGGCAGCAGCGCUGGUCGGACGAGCAGCGACGCGGGCGAUCCUUGGGCACGCGUACCACGCCCGGAGCGACCUUGAGUUGGCCCUGGAGGUGUAUGAGCUGGAAUACUACACGUCGCCGGAGCGGUGCGGGCCGCUGGGGGAGCCGGAGCGGCGGCCGCACGAGCUGUGCGGGCCCUGGGGCGCGGCGCGGCUGCGGGACGCGCUGGAGGGGUUUUUGGGGCUGACGCAGGCCGGGGAACACGAGCCAACAUUCCUGGAGGUGCUCGGUCUGACGGGGGACGAGGCUCGCAGGGAGGACUUCCGUCCGAAGCUGAAGCGGGCGUACCGGCGCAAGGCGCUGGAGUUUCACCCGGACAAGGGACACGAGGAUCCCGAGUUGGCGGAAGACAUGUUUGUUCGAGUGACGGAGGCGAACGAGGUGCUGGGGGACGAGGAGAAGCGGCGGGAGUACCUCGCGUCGCUCGAGGACGGCGGAGAGGACGACGGACACGACAUGUUCGUCAACGCGCAGGCCGAGGCCAUGCGCGAGGGGCUGCGCAGGGAAACAAUGGAGGCAGCACAGAGUUCCGAGGACGACGUGUCGAACUGGGCGUUCUACUACGAGCGGCGGGACGUCGACGCGGACGGCGGCGUGUGGGGCUACCGCGUCGACCCGAACGACCCCUCCCAGAUGCACGCACGUCACUACAAAACAGCCCCCCAGCAACCCCCUCCCGAGGGCCCCGCGCCGAACGACCCGUGCGCCAGGCGGCACCGCUGCAUCACGGACGGCGUCCGCAACAAGGGCGCCGCGCCGGACGACCUCGGCCGCGGCCCGCUGCGGCGUCGCACGCUGCGGGGCGAGGCGUGGGUGCGCGGACGCGCCCAGUCCGACCUGAGCUGGCACGUGGGCGGGCACGCAGCGGCCGAGGACGCCCCGCUCUCCGCUGCGCUCAUCGUCAACCACCACAACAUCCUGCGGCUCGACGUUGACUUCCGAUCGCCCCAAGACCAAACACAGAGUUCGGGGCAACGCUUGCGGGAGAGCGGCGCGGGGGGCGCCGAGGCGAGCCGCCGGGGCGCGGGCGCGUACUUGGAGGUGUCCCUCGGCGGCGGCGCGAUCGCGGCGAAGUACGUCAUCAUGCGCGGGGACAUGCUGGUGUACGAGACGCGCGGCCUGGGGGCGACGUUCGAGUGCGACCCCGACCUCGCGCCGCCGUCGCCAAAUCUCGGCGAUGCGGCUGGAGCGGGAUUUUUGGCCGCGGGGUGGAGGAUUUGCGGGCGGAUUCCGGCCGCGUACGCGCCGACAGAGCCUGUGCAGGGCGCCGUACGUCAGCCCCGACUGCAUCCGCCGCCCAGCGCGCUCUUCGAGCCCCCGGCGCGGCGAAACCGAACCGAUCAAGAGCGGGUAGACGGCGCGGACGCGCAGGGCGCGAGCGACGAGGAGCAGCGAACAGACGAGAGGGUUGAGGUGAUGGCGGCGGCCACCGAGCCGCGCGUGGCGGUGGACGUGGUCCUCGAGGACGGGCGCAGCCUCGUGGAGAUGAUCGGCGCCGGCGUCGGCGACGAGCAGGGCGGGUCGGGCCGCCGCGAGGUCCCCACCGGCAACGGAUGGACGCGGCGGAUCGUUCCGCUCCCCGCUGAGUUCGCGGGGGGGCGGAUCGCGAGUCUCGGGAUCGCUUGCUACUAUCCGGGGUACGAUAUGCAGGCCGGGGGGGCGCCGUUCGACGUUGGGUGGCUGGUGCGCGCGGGGUUGUUCGACGUGCACAUCGUGCGGGCGUCGGGGGCGCGCGCGUUCACGCUGGUGGGGCGCGCGCCGGAGCGACUGGAGGGGGCGCAGGACCUCACGGUGGACCCCGCGGCGCGCGGGUCGGCGCUGUGA